UUUCUUUGAGUAGUGUUAUUUUUUAAAAGUGUACGUUUUAAAUGUUUGUGAGCGAUUCAUAAUUGUUUUAUAUCAAGAAAUGGGGUCUUUAGUUCUUGAAGAGGCCUUUUCCACAUGGAAAAUGUUCGAUGAAUGUGUUGGGGAGCUUGAGAAAACCGGACUCUAUUGAAAGAAAUACAAUACAUAAAUUAGCAAAUAUGGUAAUGUCUAAAGAGUUUUCGAAAACCUUUUUAUACUAUAAAGAACCAGGAAUUUCCAUUGGAGACUAUGAAAGCAUUGUAGAUAAAUAUCAUACUUUUACUGCAUGGCUUUUACAGCAGUUUUUCUAUUUUUUAAGCUGUGAUAAUGAUGAAAUAAUAGUUGAUGCCCAAUUAAGUGUUUUGGAUAAAUUGUCAAAGACACACUUACAUAUUUACGCUAACUUUACUAAAGAAUUCUGUAAAGCAUUUGAUAUUUUGUGUGAUUAUCAAAAAAAACCUCAAAAUAAAAUAGAAAUAAGAAUUUUCAACAUGAAGAAAAAUGCAGACCUAGAACAAAAGCUAAAUCUCAAAGAAGCCUUUAUAGAAGUUACCAAUGAAGUGGUUUGUUUGAAUUUAAUUGAGAAGCUGUUGAAAAUUUUAAAGUUCAUAUUGUUGGAAAGCAUCAAGUUUUACAGUGUAGACCAUUAUAUUCACAAUACGCUUGACAACCUUUUGUACCUUUUAGGUAACAGAAAAUGUGAACUUUUUAUAUUUGAGAUCUUUAUUGAAUUAAUCACUUUAAAUUGCCAUUGUAAUGAUUGGGAUCCAGAAUUAGAAAAAAAAGUAUUGGCCUUUAUUUCAUUUUUUGAGCAAAUGGUUUUUGACUAUUUUUUUGACAAAAAUCCAGCAAACAUUGAUAAAGGUUUAUUUGAAAAUAUUCUUGAGAAAUAUAUCACCUGUUGUAAGGAUAUGAGUUGUCACAUAGCAACCAAAAAGACCACAAUACCAAACUGGAUUAUUAAACAUUCCGUAGAGUGUGCAGGUUGUAUCAUACAUCCUUCCGAUUAUUUACUUAAAAUAUCCUUUGAAGAAGUUGAUAAUGUAAUGCAAUUUAUAUUAUGUGGGAAUAUUGAUGAGAAGACCUUAGCGAAAGAAUUAUUAAGUGAAAAUAACAAAUAUGUAUUAAAACAGUUUAAACGACAAGUGCUAGAAGAAAUUUUUGAGCACUUGCAAAACAAAGUCCUGAUUAAUGAAAUUGUUUUUUGUAAUAUAUCUAAAACAUGGUCAGAGUUUCAUACAACCUUUAGUAGUUGUUUGGAUAAUUUAAGAUGUACAGAAGACUAUUGUGAAAUGCAAAAGAAAUAUAUUCAAUUAGAUGGAAUUAUUGAAACGCUAAUGGAUGUUAUUUUUAGAGUCAAGAAACAAUAUGCAAAUAAAAAUAGUAUUCCGGUAUUUUUUAAUGAAGAUUCUACACACAUUGUAUUGAAAAUUAUAUCUAAUACAGCAAAACAUUACCAAAAUUGCAGAAAGUUCCUAGAUCCUUUGUUAUUCUUAAGAAACUUGAUUAAGUUACUUGUAAUGUCACAAAAUCAAAAUAUUGAUAUUAUUUAUCAUCUUGUUGCAAGCCCGUUUCUAGUACCGUUGUGUUAUAAGUCGGAAACAUAUUUUCCAUAUAACUUUGAGGGAAAUUUUAGCCAUAAUACUGUAAAUUACAAAUCAGAUCUAAAAACACUUUAUUCGUGCCUUAGAAAUGAUACAAAUUUAAAAAAACAUGAGUUAUUUGAAAUUUUAAAUCAGUUUUUCAAAUGGAUUUCAAGUGGAUUAUUACAGCUUUUGAACCAAGCUCACAUGAAACAAAUUGAGCUAUUGCAUCUGAAAGUUUUGAAAAACAUUCUCAAUUCAGAAGACGCCCCUUUGCUAUAUCAGGUGAUAGAUAAUAUACCACUCUUAUUGAAUAUUUUUUCGAAUACUGAAGAAUUAUUAUCAAACAUUUUGUUACUGCUAAUGUCUUCCUCGAAGGAACAGAUUCAGCACAAAAUUCUGGAAGUAAUCCCAAAGAUUUUAUGCAUAUGUUCAGGAAGUAUCUUCAAAUGUAUCAAACAAGGGCAAAUAGAAAUAAUCUGUGAAAAAUGCGAUUUAAAAUCUGACACGCCAGAAAAUAUUAGCGUUGAGGAAUAUUCAAAAGAUGAACCAAAUAUUGUAGUUAUACAGGUUUCCAGUAACAAGGUAGACUUUUCUUCUAUAAAAUCUCACAUAUUGAAGCUUGUACUACGUUAUCUUUUGGGUGACGAUUUUGAGCUCCAAUUACAUGCCUUAAAUUUGUUACCUUACUUAUCAAAACAUAUUGUAACAUUUUAUAAUCCUGAUACAACAAGGAUUUGGAUUGAGCUUGCUGGUGAUCCUAAACAGGAGAUUCGAAAAAAACUCGCCGAAAUUAUAUGUAACACUAUAAAAAAUGGUCAGUUCAAUACAACUAUUUCCAAAGAAGCGAAGAUUAAAGUAAUUGAGGUAGUCUGCUCUACCUUAUUGAAAUUAACAAAGAAAUCAUUGAAAUAUUCCGAUUACGAUCUCCAAAACACUGUAUUGCAAACAGUCACGGAACUUGCAGAUAUUGAAGUUGAUUCAAUUAAAUUAGAAUGCAUGAAAAUCUUUCUCUACUUUAUAAUGAUUCCUACAUCAAGUCAGACCUAUAUAGCUAUAAAUAAAUGCAUGAAUUUAUCAAAGAGGGAUUCGUUGGGCAGAAUGCAAUUAUAUAGGCACAAUAUAAAAACCCUUUGUGACGUUAUCGCUCACCUGUGUAGUGUCAAUCAGCAACUUGUUCAGUCCUCACUUCAAGAGAGCCUCUUUAAAAUUUCGGUAGUGUUAGGAUAUGAUGGAGUUAAAGAAUAUCUAAAAAGAGAGGCAGAGAACUUGCUCCCAUUUUUGGUAGCUAAAAUAUUAAAGAAUUCAAAUAUUCCAAAACUUAUUAUUGAAAUGGCGAGUAUUGUCGAAGCUGAGGUUUCUGAACUAUUGUCUUUAAAUUAUGGCAAUAUAUUUCUACAUUUAUAUUUGGGAGAUAUGGAUGAAAAACAAUCCAGAGAGUGUUCAAUGUUCGUAGAAAAAUUGACGGGAGUCACUGGUAGGAAGUUGAGAAAACGAAACUUUAAGGUUAUUCUGAAUAAAUUACUAUUAAACUUCCAUGAGAAAAAAAGCAGAGUCCUUAAAAUCUUAAGAUUACUUCUAAAUGAAGAUUCUGUAAGCCAAUCUACGUCUAUCGAAGAUUAUAUUCUACCCUUCUUCUUGGCCUUUCUUUUAUAUUUUGACUUAGAAUUAUCAUCCGAAUAUUCAAAUAAAGAGAACAUUCUCUUAAGUUUAGCUGAUUUGCUAACAUUUCUUGGACCGAAUAGAAUAAUGCCCUUAAGAUUCAAAAUUCUGGCAAUGCUGCAAACGUCAAACUACAUCAAAUAUCCCGAACUCACCUGUACUGUAUGGAACUCGUUUAUAAAGAGCUGUGAUAUUGAAUGUCUUGGACCUCACUUAGCCACCAUUUUUAUAUCAAUGAUGCCGCUUAUUGAACAAUGCCCAUCACAAGUCAAUAUGUUACUCCAGUACCUAAUAGUGGAAAACGAACACGUUCUUAGAAACAAUAUUUCUGAUCUGUUUUUUGUAAACAAUUCUUUUCUGAAUUCAUCUAUCACGACUAUAGUUAAAAAGUAUCUUAGAACUUCUGAAAACUUUUGUUUGAGAGACAAAAUAGAGAGGUACUUGAAAUAUAUCAAGCAUGAUAGUUUGGAAGUUAAGAUUCAAAGUCUAAAACAAAUUAAAAUCAGUUUGGAACGGAAUAGGGAAGAACUGGACCAAAUGAUUCUGGGCUAUAAUGGAAUCGAUUCCAUUAUAGUUGAAUUAGUUGAUGUCCUUACGAUGGGCUGUAGAGAGAAAGAUGAAACCUUGAAAUUAAUGUGUGGAGAAGUUUUUGGAGAGUUAGGAGCUAUUGAACCUAGUCAUCUGCCCAGGAGAUAUGCUAAUUGUGAAAACUCAUUUACCUUCUUUAUGAAUGAAGAUACAUUUAUAGAAAGUGCCCUAACUGAACUGAUUAAAGCAUUUCAAACUGACAAAAAUGCUAGAAAUACUGAUAGGGUUGCUUUAGCUAUUCAAGAGAUACUAAAAAAAUAUGAUAUAUCUCCUAAUGACACUAGUCUGCGCAAUUUCAUGUGGAAUGGAUUUUCUGAAGCUCAAAGAGAAGUUAUGACUCCUCUCCUUUCUUCAAAGUAUAUUUGUGUUGAAAAAUUUGUUUCAUAUCCUUAUCCCUUGUACGGAAGCAAUGCUGGAGCCAACUUCCAAUCUUGGCUGUAUAAUAUCACAUCUAAUCUUAUAUUAACCUUACCAGAAGACCAAAAAUCCUUACUACAAAAUUGUUUUCCUAGCAUGAAAAUGGACAAGAAAGUUCUGAUGCAUUUUUUACCGUAUAUUUUACUACAUUCGUUGUUAGAAAGCUCUAGUGGAUCAGAGACCCAUUGUUAUACAGAAUUCCAAACAAUUUUAAAUAGUUUCAAUUGCAACAAAGCUGUUGCGGACGAAGUUUUGAAUACAAAAGCGUUACAACUUCGUGGAUCGACUCCUUCAGUAACGCGCGAUAUAACUGGCGAAGACAAAAUGCAAAUGCAAGCAACCAGAGUUGUUUUUAUUUUGCUGGAUUUUCUGGAUAGAUGGCUUAGAGAAAGGCAUUGGUCUAAAGGGUAUAAUGCAGAAACAGACGCAAAUUACAAAAUUAUCAGAAGAUUUAUGAAGAAAUUUUGUAAAUUGAAACUAGCAAAAUGUAAUUACAAUUGUGGAGAGUAUUCUAGAGCACUGAUGUACUUAGAAGAUUUUAUAAACCAAAAUCCAUCAGAAAUAUCAACGCAGUUGUCAUUCUUGGCAGAAAUAUACGCUCAGUUAGACGAAUCUGACGGAGUACUUGGUGUAGAACCAUUUCAACAAGCCGAGCCCUCGCUAGAACAAAGAAUUUUGUCUUUGGAAGUUUCAGGAAAGUUGGCUGACGCAGCUGCUAUUUAUGAGCACAUGCCUAGACCUUUGAAACUUCAACACUUACAAGGCCUAAUUCACUGCUAUCUGGACUUGGACAAAGUAAACACAGCACUCUAUUUUGCGGAAGGUGCGCUUGAUUUACAGCCCGAAUUUGGUAACAUGCUUUUGGAAGUUCAAGCGGAACCAUUAUGGAGAUUAGGAAAAUAUGACGACUUGGAGAACCUCCUUAACAAGCCCGAUCUAUUAGAAAACAAAAGCUGGGGAGUUCAAGUCGGUAGAAGUUUAGUUUACAUCAAAAAGGGUGAACGGGAUCUGUUUAAAUCAACGCUGGAGUCGAUAAAAAGGCAGCAGGUUGAAUCGUUUGGUUCGGCAAGUUUAGAAGAAGGAGCAUACCAGCACGGGUACAAUUACAUAACUCGUCUCCAUUGUCUUAACGAACUAGAACAAAUAGAAAAGACCCUUUCCGAGCUCUUUCUCAAACCCAACGAUAAGAACUAUGCGGAAAAGAUAAUGAAGAAACUCUCCUACGAAUGGCAGCUGCGAAUAAAAGUAGUGCAAACGAGCGUUCGGAUUUUAGAGCCUCUGCUAUGUGUUAGAAGAGUCGCUUUGAAUUUGGGAAGGGAAAUUGUCAAGAAAAAAGUACCUCAGGCGGUUACGUUCUUUGACGGAUUGCUUGGCGAAAGUUGGUUGCAAAGUGUUACAGUAGCUCGAAAUGCAGGGGUACAUCAACAAGCUUAUACCUACGUACUUGAUGCUGAAAAAUACGCCCCUCCUAAGUUAUUCAUAGAAAAAGCGAAAUUGCAUUGGUUAAGAGAAGAGCAUGAAGAAGCUUUGAUAACAUUAAAAAGAGGUUUAAAUAUGUAUAUUCCCGAUAAUACCAGUAGCCAAAUCAUAGCCAAUCUCAGCUUAGAUAACAAGAAAUUAUGCGCAGAAGCUCGCUUACUUAUAGCAACAUAUAAUGAUGACAUUUGUAGCGUUGAUGUUGAAGUUAAUCUUCAACAAUACAAAGACUCCUGUGAGGUUUAUAGAGAAUGGGAAAAGAGUCUUGUUUGUUUAGCUCAGUAUCAAGAUCGUAUUUUUCAAAACUAUUCAGAUGAGGAUAAAGAUAGCAAAAGUGACCUGCAAUUGCAUAUUGUAAAUAAUUUUGGAAGAUCUCUAUAUUACGGGACAAAUUAUAUUUACCAAUCAAUGCCCAGAUUAUUGUCUAUAUGGUUUGAUUAUGGUACGAAAUUGUUUGGUUUAACGAAUCGUGACGUCAAAGAAGAAAGACGGAAUUACCUAGUAAAGCUGACCAAGCUUAUUGAUGGAUUCCUAACGAGACUGCCAUCGUUUGUAUUUUUAACAUCAUUUUCUCAAAUUAUUUCGAGAAUAUCUCAUCCUCAAAAAGAGGUCUAUUUGGAGCUGAAAAAUAUAAUUAUAAAACUUUUGGAACAUUAUCCUCAGCAAUGUUUAUGGAUGAUUAGCUCAGUAAUAAAGUCAAGUUAUCCAAUAAGGGUUCAAAGAUGCUCAGAAAUUCUAAAUGAUCCUAAACUUAAGAUUCACACAAUGCCAAAACUAAUUAAGGAUUUUACCAGUUUGGCCGAAAAACUAAUCGAAUUAUGCAAUAAAGACAUUCCCCAAGAUGUUAAAAACAUUAAUGUCAGUAUGUUAGUUAGAUCGCUUCCAAGAAUGCUAAAUAAAGGAGAUUUCAGCGAAAUAAUGAUGCCUACUCAUAAAUUUAGAAAAUUAAUAUUGCCCAACCCCGACUUUAAGAACUCUCAACACAACCCCUUUCCAAAUCGAUACGUUUAUAUCGCCGGCAUUGAGGAAGAAAUGUCAAUUUUAAACAGUUUGCAGAGACCGAGGAAGAUUAACCUAAGAGGAUCCGAUGGAAAAAAAUACACCUUUAUGUUGAAGCCUAAAGAUGAUUUAAGAAAAGAUUUUCGUUUAAUGGAAUUUAACGAUAUAGUAAACCAUUUGCUACUCUGCGAUCCUGAAGCCAGGCAACGCAGACUGAAUAUAAGACUAUAUUCUGUAGCGCCGCUAAACGAGGAAUGUGGUCUAAUUGAAUGGGUGCCCAAUUUACUCGGCUUAAGACCGGUUCUGUUGAAUUUGUAUCAACAAAGAGGUUUGGGAAUGAAAGCAAGAGAAAUUAAAGAAGCGUGCUGUAGUGUUAAAGAUCCUUUAUCAAAAAAGAGGGAUGUCUUUGUCAAUACAUUGCUUAAAAAACAUCCGCCAGUUUUGGGUGAUUGGUUUAGGAAACAUUUUCCAGAUGCGCAGAGUUGGUUAACAGCAAGAACUGCGUAUAUAAGAACAACAGCUGUUAUUUCUAUAACAGGUUAUAUAUUAGGAUUGGGUGACAGACAUGGCGAGAAUAUACUGCUGGAUUCCACAUGUGGUGAUGUAGUUCAUGUUGAUUUUAACUGUCUCUUUAAUAAAGGUGAAUCAUUUGAAUGGCCAGAAAGAGUUCCAUUUAGGUUGACUCAAAACAUGGUCUCAGCAAUGGGACCUCUGGGAGUUGAAGGUGUGUUCAGAAAAUCGUGCGAAUUCACGUUAAGGGUUCUAAGGUCAAAUGCGCCAACAUUGAUGUCUAUCGUAACACCUUUCGUCUACGAUCCUUUAGUUUCUUGGCCCAGGCAUGUCGCAGCCGCAGCACAAAGCUCGGAGAGAGUCAAUGAACAAGCAUUAGAACAUAUAAAAAAUAUCGAACUUCGACUACAAGGUAAAGUUAAAACGAGAAGCCGUUUUAUGUCUCAAUGUUUAUCAGUGGAAGGACAAACUGAUUACCUAAUCAAAGAAGCUAUGAGUAUAGAUAAUUUAUGCCAAAUGUAUUUAGGUUGGAUGCCAUAUCUUUAGGCUUUAAAUAUGUUCGUAAUUUUGUAUUUGAUGUUUUUUUUACAUAUAUUUUAGUAUUGUUUUUUUUAAAUACAUU